AUGCUCGCUGGAGGUCGUCCUCCAUCCUGGAAUGAGGCUGGCCUAGAUCCUGAUCUCCAUGCCACCACUGCCAUCGCUGCAUCACCUCCAGUUGAUCGACCACACCGAGCUGAUGAAUCGAGCACCAUGACGCUUGCAAAGAACCCGAUCGGCAAGAGCAAGUUCUCAUUCUGGCUGUACUCUACCUGGACCACACAGGUGCUGGACGAUCCUGAAUUGGAGAUCGAGAUCGCGACCUUCCUGGAGCCCUUGCCUUUGAAUUUGACUAUCACGAUCGCUUUGACAGCUUUGGCCUACAGUUGA